AUGGCGUCUUCCAGCGGGAAUUCCUCCUCCGGCGGCUCAUCGGCCCUGCUCCAGAACUCCGGGUCCGACGAGGACCUGCAGCAGCUGGUGAUGGACGAGAGGAAGAGGAAGAGAAUGCAGUCGAAUCGGGAAUCGGCACGGCGGUCGCGGAAGAGGAAGCAGAAGCAUCUCGACGAGCUGAUGGGGCAGGUGACCCAGCUCAGAAAGGACAAUAGCCAGAUCUUGAUCGCCAUCAACGUCACUACCCAGAACUAUCUCAACGUCCAGGCAGAGAAUUCGAUCCUCCGCGCCCAGAUCGUCGAGCUCAGCAACCGCCUCGAUUCCCUCACCGAGAUCCUCGAUUUCAUCGGAAACAACAACGCCGCCGCCGGCUGCGGCCCCGGCGGAGGGAACGGGUUCUUUGAGGGGGAUCAGACGAUGGAUCAUUUCCUCCAGCCGGAGGGUUUUCUGAUCAACCCGUUGAACUCGAUUUACCUCAACCAACCGAUCAUGGCGUCGCCGGACUUGUUCCAGUACUGA